CACCGGCACUACUCCCAUAGCAUCAAAACGGCGACAUUUUGUUCUUUCGCGAAACCCUCGGCCUAGCCGUCUCUCUUCUUCACCGCCUGGUAAAUCCCAUAACAAACAGUUAACACGUUUAACAGCAAACGCUCAUGGCCUCCCAGUCACGAAAAGGCGGAGUGUCACUGCCGGCAAGGCGAGGCUCAAAGCCGAAAUCAGAGCCCACUAUCCUUGCCAAGCUCACUAACUCUGAAAUCGUGUCUAAAGGCAAGCGAGCUACAUGCGACGCUGUUUUCGUUACUAAGAAGCUCCUACGCAGCACCGGCAAGGCUGCGUGGAUCGCCGGUACCACCUUCUUAAUCCUGGUGGUGCCUCUUAUCGUUGAGAUGGACCGCGAGCAGCAGUUGAACGAGCUCGAGAUCCAGCAGCAAAGCCUCCUCGGAGCCCCGCCUGUUGGGGCACCCCAAAAGUGAAUGAAAAAUGGAUCGAGUCAGAAGUCAAUUUUCAAAAUGAUCAUUGUAUGAAAUUAAAGCUUCAAUUUAUCUUGUCAUCAUAUCAAGAAGUAUUGAAGUAGAAGGUUUGUUAUUCCUAGGUAUGGCUUUCAUUUCUCAAACUACGAUUACAUUGUGUGUGGAUAUAAAGUUGUUUGAAAUGAUGUAUUUGAAUUAAAUACGUAGUUUUUGAUAUUCAUAAUGUAUAGAUUGUAUUUGGUUUAGUACAUUUGUUAAAUGUAAACCAAAUUCGUGUAUGUAUAUUAUUACUUGAUUGUGAACUGUGAACUUGAAAUAUCCACCAUAAAGAUGUUUCAAAUACACUAAAAAAAUUUAUUUA